AUGGACUCGCGUGCUUCACCAAACCACCACAGCCUGCACUCCGGCUCUAGUCCACCUGCUAUCGCUAAAGGUCCUGCCACAAUGAUGGGCUCUUACCACACACGCUCUACCCGAAGCCUGAGUGCUCUGGCCGAUGACUUUGAUCCGCGGGAGCGACGCUUUAUACCUCGCAGCUCCAGCCUCUGUUCCUUUCUGACCGAGAAUGCUUCGCAGUCUCUUCAAGGCAAUGGAAACGGCACAAUCACACCCACUGGUGCCUUCGACCCAUUUGUCACAGCCUCGGGUCCUCUUUCCGCCGCAGGAGCUGUUGGGCCUGUCUCUGCUAACCCAUACUCCCACGACACUGCAGCUGCACUCGGCGGAGCAGCUUUUUUCACGAACCAAACGGGUUUUCAGCAACCGCGGAAUGUCCACGAUCUCUUUCUCCCCAAUGAUUUCAGAGAAGAACUCCAGAAGAAGGCGGCGGCUACCCUGCAAACAUUACCCAGAUUUCGCUUGACCAACGAAAAGGCCAUUCGGUCUGUCCAAGCUUGGAAGCGGGUCUGCAGUGGAAGUGUUGUGACUGUGCAUGAUGCGUUCACCAGCCGGAGCUUCCAGGACAGCUCACUCAUCUUCGUCACCGACUACCACCCCCUCUCCAAGACGCUCGCCGAGCAACAUUUGGGUACUGGAAAUCGCUUCCCGAACCGUCACGGCACACACAUUACUGAGCAGGUCCUCUGGGGCUAUAUGACGCAGAUCGCAAAUGGCUUGAAAGCGAUUCACUCGAACGGCCUCGCAGCACGAGUGUUGGAGUCCAGCAAGGUUUUGCUGACGGGCAGAAAUCGUAUCCGCAUCAAUGCAUGUGCCAUUCUGGAUGUGGUCCAGUUCGACAAUCAGAGAACGGUAGCCGACCUGCAGCGGCAGGACCUGGUCAACUUCGGGCAAAUGAUUGUCACUCUGGGUGCCAACUCGCCGAAUGUCAUGCACAACCCUGGCAAGGCAAUGGAACACUUCACCCGCGCGUACAGCCCGCAGAUGAAAAAUUCCGUCUUUUGGCUUCUGAACUCAUUGCAGAAAGACCAGGAACGAAAUAUCGAUAUUUUCAUCACCGGAAUCUCAUCCCAGCUGAUGUCGACCUUCGACUCGGCCCUCCACCUGGAUGACCAGCUCACAUCAGAUCUGAGCCGCGAGCUUGAAAAUGGGCGCCUCGUACGCCUGGUGACCAAAUUGAACUUCGUCAAUGAGCGACCAGAGUAUGAACAUGACCGCCAGUGGUCAGAGAAUGGCGAGCGCUAUUUCUUGAAGAUUUUCCGGGACUACGUUUGGCAUCAAGUGGAUGCGCAGGGUGACCCUGUGGUCGACCUUGGACACGUGCUGACUUGUCUGAACAAGUUGGAUGCAGGAACUGACGAGAAGAUUACGUUGAUCAGUCGUGAUGAGCAAAGCUGCUUCAUCGUUAGCUACAAGGAGAUCAAGAAGGCACUCGAGUCCUCCUUCCAGGCGCUGAUGAAGCCGACAAGAAGAAUGCAUUAA